CUUGAGACUGGUUUAAAUCCUGUUUUUCUUAACAAAUCAGUCUUCGAGCUUUAGGGUUCUAGUCUCGCUUUCCAGAUUCUGGAAAUCAAAAUCCUGAGUUCGCUUACUGGUUUUCUAGCUAAUUUGACAUUUCUCUCUCUGCUCUUGCUACUCUGUAUGCUCCACUAGUACUCAAGUUAUGGUAUCUUAACUCACAUUAGGUAUUUGAGUCUCAAUAAUGAACAGAAGAGACAGUGUUGAUUUUAACGGAAAUCCGUUAUCUUUCCUGUCGUGUGAAUGCCAUAUUAAUGAACCUGAAAAAGUGGCUUUUAACUCUGACAUUAGGGACAUCAGCAAAAUCUCCUGUGGAGAGUACACCGAAGCAGUUACGUUGCUGAAGAAGGUUGUGAAUAAAUGUUUGUUCACAUGGGAAACAUUUCCUGUACAACUGCCUAAAUCCUUCUUAUCUCUAGCAGCAAACGAAGAUUGUAAUAUAUUGAGUGUUUUCUGUGACAUCGAUGUUAAUAAAUGUGAAUCGGCUGCCAGAAUAUACUUUCGGGAUUUAAAUGUCGUAAACAAGAGUCAACGUCAGGAAAUUCGUACAGAUGCACAGUUUGUUGUGCCCUGCACAAACUUCACGGGUGAAGUACAUGCCUGGAAAAUCUCUCCCUGGCUAUUGAAUGGAACUCGAAAUAUCUACAAACAUUUUAACAAAGAUUUAUAUACGGCCUUGUCCAUCAUAGUGGUAACUUCUGUGGAUUUUAUAGAAAAUCCAAAUUUCUCUGUUUAUCGAUCUUUGGCUGAUUUAUGCAUCGCCGUUUACUCUGUGCUGGAUAUCUUUUUUGGAUGGCCUCGAGUCAAUAAAGGUGAUGUUGAUCGCAAACUGCUUGAAGAACGACUUCGGUUCCUGAUAUGUGAGCUAUCAGUCAAAUCUAAUCAGAAGAAGAAGGUGUCGGACUUUUGGAGUAUUUGUGAGCAUCUGAGUAAAUUACCUUUUGGAAAGUGUGAAGAAACUCCAGACAGCAUUCCGUUACCGUAUCGAUUUUUAACACCGACUCGAGUUUCAGUGGAUCUCCGUCUUCAUGAUCCUGUUUUGCUUGAACGCUGUUUGCAUGUAAUUGGAGAUUUGGACAAUUCAGUGCGAGGGGAUUGGUUCCAGGAUUUUCAAGAAUAUUCUGUUUCACAUUUUAGAGAUGAGAAGAAAUCAGUAUCUGAAGUUAAACGGUUGGUUUUACUGAAUGGUAUGAAACAAUAUGCGACACGUUUAUUUGAUGCUAUUCGUCAAAGUGAACAACUGCAUCAAAUAAGUCCGGGGAUAGCUGAACCGUUAAUUCAAGAAGCGAAAUUCAAAAUCAUUUUGAUGGAGGCCAAAGAACUAUUUAUGCAAAACUGGCUAUCAUACUGUCAGUUGUACGAACGGAACUUAAAACUGAAUAAUCCUAUUUUAUUUAACAUACCUAAAUGGCGUUCAAAACAAUGGUAUUAUGCAAAGGCGGAAUACCUUCAGGCACAUAAGUUGGAUAUUCAUGAAUACGUUUUGUCGAACUGUAUUUCAAAUGGUUUAGAGUCUUAUGCUUUCCUGAUUGGCCGUGAUUUAGCAUUUUUAAAAGAUCGUGAAUGUUUGCUACGCGAUCAAAUAUUCAAAAGCGCCAGAUUUCCAGAUGAAGAGUUCAUUUUUCAAGUUUCACGACGCUGUCUUCGCAAUGUUUAUGUUUACCGUGAAGACUUUAGCUUAUCUAAUCGCUAUCAACUUGUAGAUACAAUAUUGGUUAGCUAUGAUUCUAAUAAAGAUUCCCCGAAUCAAGCGCCUACAAUUAAACAGCAUAUUAGAAGGAACAAAUCAAAGAAUCUUACAACUGAAGUUAUUCCUUUGAUGUAUCGAUUUCCACGUAGUUCGUUUGCUUUGAAUACGUCCAAGACAAAUAAAGGUGAUAAUUUUUCGUCUCACAGUGGCUUCGUCGCUGAUAUUACUGUAGCAUCAAAUACAGACUUUUCAAAGAUGUUUAAUUCGCCUGAGCAUUGCUACAGAGAUCCGUUGAUUCCAUCUAAGAGCAGCACUGACGAAGUGAAUUGUUCUCAAUCGCAUUUUUUCAUGCAAUCUACAUUGGUGCUAAAAGCUUCGACACGUCAUUUUAUGUGGCGUUGGUUUGUUUUCUUUCUAUGCACUUAUUCAUGGCUUAUCCGUUCAUUGCAAUAUUUUUUCGUCGUUAUCCCCCUGCAAUCAUGUGUUAGCUAUGUAGCAUUAUUCAAACCGACAAAAAUCUAUUAUAUGUACAAGGUAGAUAAAACGUCGAGUCAGUUGGAAAGUGAAAUUAUUGAUGAAUAUUCUUCGUUUGGUGUUACAACUUCACGGAUGUCGAAUCCUAAACAGUCUUUAUCCUUCACUGUUGAUUCAUUGUCAAAUAUUCAGUCUGAUCAAUCCACGUUUAGUCAUGUUUCAUCACAUGAAUUACUGAAACAUCCUGCUGAAGAAUGUGCAUAUAGUCCAGUCAGUAAUUCACAUACGUUAUAUGAUUCGAGUCCAGCGGAAACUGUGAUUAUCAAUAAAGUGUUUGGACCUGACAAUUCUAAUAGUCAUCUAGACUUACAAUUAAUUGAAGAAAUCGAUUCUACUGAUAGGUUGAACGUUUAUCAUGAUAACAACGAACAACAACAUGACACUGAAGAGACCAAUCAGACAAAAUUAAGUUCGUUGGAACUGAAUGAUCAGAAUAAAAUUUUUGAAAUGGAUAAUUUCGGUGAGGAAGAAUGUGUAGAUAAUGAGCAUAGCACUUUAAAAACUGUCAUCAAUUUGUUCUGAUCCUUAUUUCUUUACUUUUAUUCUCCUAGGAAGUAAUUUUUUUACCUAGUGAAUAUUUAUCUACUACUGCCUCAGUAAAUACUUUCAAGAAAACUCAUAUCUGUAUUCGGUAGCGACGACAAAACAGCUUGAAAUGUUUUAUAUUUAUUUAUAUGUGAAUGGUUGUUUUUAUCCUGACAAGUUAUAUUAUUUUAAUACUGUUCUCAUCAUUGUCCAUAUAAUUUAUUCAAUUAGCAGUUGACCUCUAUCGCUUGGCCCAAAAUCUUGGUUUUUUUCUCUUAACAAAAAUGUUUCUGAUUUAUGAUUGAUUAUUCGCUAUCAACAUGUUUACUGUUUGGUUUUGUCUUUUCCAAACGCUUGUAUUCUUCAUUAUUAUUAUUAUUGUUGUUGUUGUUGCCUUUCGGUGUUUUUCGAUUUGUUUUUAUGACUUUUGUCUAAUUCCAGCUCUCUGUCUCUCUCUCUUCGUAUUCUUUUCCACCUUUACGUUGAGCUAUAAUGAAUUUUACAUAUUUUUUUUUCUUCCCACCUCAUUUUGUUUAUGUUUUCCUAUUUUCUAUAAAUGCAAAUCUGUCGCUUAUUCACUCGUAGAGAAAUUGGUCCAAAACCUCUGCCUACUUUAAUUUCCCUUGAAAAGCACUCUGUCAUUGUAUUUGCAUAAAAUGUUUUGUUUCUUUUAUUAGAAUUGUUCACUUCAUAAUAUAUUUUGUUGAUGCUGAACUGUAUUAGAUUUCAGUUGUAACGUUUUCUUUGACUUAAUGUAUGUAUAUAUAGAUAGAUAGAUAUUUGUUCUCUCUAACUUUGGAAUUGCCCUAUCCACAAGCUUUCUGUAGUUGAUACACUCUUCCUAAUUUUUUUAAUGAUCAUACAGCUAUCCAUAAUAUAACUUAUCACUUGACUAUAUGAUUUUGAUUAUAUUUUACUGCUGAAAUGAUUAUUACUCAUGAUACAUUCAAUAUACUAUUGCUUGCCACUAAAUGAUUAUUUUCAUUGUAACAUUUUCCAUAUAACUUACAAUACGUAGCUGUUAUAUCUUCUUAAAAAAAAUUAUUCUCUAUUAAAAUGAUUUCUCAAAUCCCAGUUAUCAUGUUCAUUUUACUCACUGAUAUUAGACGAAAAAGCAUAGUAAGGUUGUCAGAAUUAUGCCAUAUUUUGAUUAUUUUUACUUUGGUUUUGUUAUAUAAACGACGUAUAAUAUUAAAAAUUUUUUCC